CCCUUUUCGACAGCCCUUCGUUUCAUGCUUUCCUUUUUUCUCGAGAAAAUAUGGGAAAGGUAAUUAGGAUGUUGUGCCAAAUCCUUUGCCUGCUUUUAGCGCUCUUGCAUUUCCAGAUCCAUUGUUCAUUGAGUUCCCCUUCCUCUUUUCUUCCUUCACCUCAUUUAUGCCUCCCAGAACAGAGAGCUGCCUUGCUCGAAUUCAAAAACACCAUUUCUUUGGGUGAUUGUCGGACAUUUUCUUCUUACCCCAAGAUAAAUUCUUGGAACGAAAGCACGGAUUGUUGUUCAUGGGAUGGAGUCAGUUGCCACAAGGUCACGGGUCAUGUCAUCGGCAUCGACCUCAGUGAAAGCUGCCUUAACGGCACCCUUCCUGCAAACAGCAACCUCUUCCACCUUCAAGGACUCCAACGGCUCAACCUUGCUUGGAACGAUUUCAAUGGCUCCAUCUCAUCGAAGUUAUUUAAUCAGUUUGUCAGUUUGACCCAUCUUAAUCUCUCUUAUAAUUCAUUCUCUGACUUAAUCCCAUAUGAAAUCAGUCUCCUGUCAAAAUUGGUUUCACUUGAUCUUUCUUGGAGUGGUGGUUAUCACAACUUGAGAUUUGAUAGUCAAGGUUUUGAAAUGCUUGCACAAAACUUAAUUGAAUUAAGAAAUCUUAUCCUUGACUGUGUAGAUAUGUCUGAUGUUGCAGUUCCUUCGUUUCUGAACUUGACUUCAUCUCUGGAAUGUUUGAGUGUCAAAGAGUGUCAACUGCAUGGAGAAUUCGCAAGUGAACUUUUUCGCCUUCCAUACCUCCAGCACAUAGAUUUAGGUAACAAUUAUAAUCUCACAGGUUACCUCCCUAAGUCAAACUUGAGUAAUGCCCUUCAGUUGUUGGACCUUUCCUCCUGCCGUUUUAGAGGAUCAAUUCCUGCAUCAUUUGGAAAUCUCACUCAACUCAUAUUCCUAGAUUUUUCUCAAAAUGAUUUUGGAGGACAGAUUCCAGAUGUUUUUGGGAACCUUAAUAAAUUGACGUUUUUGUCAUUUUCUUCUUGUAAUUUCAGUGGUCAACUUCCAACAACCAUGUUCAACCUCACACAACUUAUCCAUCUAGAUUUGUCAUUUAAUCUAUUAGAAGGUCCCCUGCCAAAUCCUGCUAGUGAGCUUCAGUUGCUAGAAGUAUUUUGGUUACCUAGUAACCAUGUAAGUGGUGGAGUACCAUCUUGGUUGUUUACUUUACCAUCUUUGCAAACUUUAGAUCUUAGCUAUAACAAACUUACCGGUCAAAUUGACCAAAUUCGGAAGCCUAAUUCGGUCCAAUAUAUAGAUUUGAGUUCUAAUGACAUUCAUGGACCAAUACCUCGUUCUUUUUUUGAUCUUGUGAACCUUGAACGUCUUCGUCUUUCAUCAAACAACUUGAGUGGUGUUGUCAAGUCAAAUAUGCUUGCAAAACUCAAAAAUCUUUUCUCUCUGGAUCUUUCAAAUAAUAGUUUACUAUCAUUAAGCGCAAGCGAAAAUGAUGUUAACUACUCCUUCUCUAAGCUUGCUACUCUGUCAUUCUCUUCUUGUAGCAUAAGACAAUUCCCAAGUUUCUUCCGAACAUCAAAUUUGGUGGAUUUAGAUCUUUCUAAUAACAAGAUUCGUGGUGGAAUUUCCAAAUGGGAAGCAGAAGGGUGGGAAAAAUUGGAAAUGUUGAACCUCUCUUACAACUUUGUGACCACUUUAGAGCAAUUUCCAGGAAAGAAUCUUGACGUUCUUGACCUUCGAUCCAACUUGCUUCAAGGUCCAAUUCUAUCAGCUUGCUUGAAUAAUCAAAGUCCAAAUCCACCACAAUCUUUGAUUGCAUUCUACGUUUCAAAGAAUCAAUUAACCGGAAAUAUCCCUCUUUUGAUUUGCAAUUGGAGUUCACUUUUGAUUCUUGACUUGUCUAGAAAUAACUUGAGCGGAACUAUUCCAGAAUGUUUUGGAAAUCUCAGCUCUUCUCUCAUGGUAAUGAAUUUGGAGAUGAAUAAUUUUCACGGUAAAAUGCCUGAUUCUUUUAGAGCUAAUAACUUGGAAGAUCUUCUCCUCAAUGACAAUAAAUUGGAAGGAUUAUUGUCGCGGUCUCUGGCUAAUUGUAGUUCCUUGAAGCUUUUGAAUUUAAGGAACAACAAGUUCACUGAUACCUUUCCCCAUUGGUUAUCUUCGCUUCCAAAUCUGCAAGUUCUUCUUUUACGAAAUAAUAGAUUGCAUGGUCCCAUGCCCAAUUCCUUAGCUUCAUCUAACUUCUCUGCAUUGCAAAUAAUUGAUCUGUCUCAUAAUGAGCUCACCGGUCCCUUGCCAACAAAAUUCUUCCAAAAUUUGAGAGCAAUGAAAGAUAUACCUGAAGAGAGACCUUCGCAAUUCAUGAGAUCCAAUAGUAGAGGUAUACCUUUUUCUUUUCAUGGCUAUUACUCGGUGAAUGUAACAACGAAAAGAUUGGAGAUUGAGUUGGUGAAAACCUUUGCCAUUUACACAUUUAUGGACUUUUCGAAUAAUCUAUUCUAUGGACAAAUUCCUGAAGAACUCGGAGAACUUAUUUCGCUUCAAGGACUCAAUUUGUCUAACAACAACUUGACUGGUCCUAUCUCACCAUCUGUUGGAAAUAUGAUAGCACUUGAAUCGUUAGAUCUCUCAUCAAACAAGCUUGGUGGCAGAAUUCCUUCUCAAUUGACGAAUCUGACAUUCCUUGAAGUAUUAAAUCUUUCACAAAAUGAUCUUGUUGGACCAAUUCCAAAUGGGAAGCAGUUUGAUACUUUUGAGAACGAUUCUUAUAGCGGUAACUUGGGAUUGUGUGGCUUCCCAUUGUCAAAGAAAUGCGGCAAUGAGGAGGAGCUGAAACCACCUGUGCCAAUGCUUGAGGAAGAUGAAGGUUCUGAGUUGGCCUUUUUCUGGAAAGUUGUACUGAUGGGCUAUGGAUGUGGAGUGGUGUUAGGAUUGAGUAUAGGAUACAUUGUAUUCACAACAGGAAGACCAUGGCGGUUUAUCAGAAUGGUUGAGAGAGAGUGGCAAAACAAUGUUACAAAGUGGAUUCGCAAAAACAGAGGAAGAAGAAACUAGCACUACAUCCAGAUCAUGCAUAGGGUAGCUUUUGAACCGAACCCAAUGGACCCUGCUUUUCUAGCAUCUGGCUCUAUCAUUUCCCAUGGCAGUGGUUUGAAGAAUUCGGGUGUUCAUUGAGUAUCUGAAUGAGUAAUAUGAUUGUUGGUGUUUUUGGUGGAAAAUUUGCUUUUCUUGUUCAGCUUUGAUCAUUUUUAAAUUUGUGAGCACCAGCUUUUCUAUGUAGCUUCUGGGGCUUGGAAAACACAUGUUUUGAAGUAGGGUUUUUUUCUCCUCUUUUUUUUUUU